UUUUUUUUUCCUUGUAAAGUUCCUAAGACAGCAAAAUAAAUUAAAUAAAUAUUGGCUUUUUUUUUUCCUUCUUCAAGAUUUCUAGGUUGUACUUGGACGCGAGAAAACCCUAGCUAACUCAGCCCCUUUUGUGUUUCUCUCCAAAGUUCAAGGUUACCAUUUCCUCUAUGUUAUCAUCUACCGUGAUUUUAGUUGUGCUCAGAUGGCAGAUGUUCAAGACAUGGAUGGCAAACCAUGUGAAGAAAGUUUGACCUGUACAUCUCAAAAGCAGGAAACUCGUGAUGAAAUGCUUUCUAGGCACAGGAGAGAGAUAUCUCAGCUGCAGAACAAGGAAAUUGAGCUGAAAAAGGCAGCAGCAAAGGGUAGCAAGGCUGAACAGAAGGCUAAAAAGAAGCAGGUGGAGGAAGAGAUCUCUCAGCUCUCUGCUAAGCUUAAGGAAAAACAUGCUGAAGAGCUUGCUUCACUAGGCUACAGUAAUGGAAAUGAUAAAAGCAAUAUUGACAAUUUGGUGAAGGCCAUAGCUGGAGUGUCUGUUAUUCCUCAGCAGGAUCAUCCAAAGCCCAGCAAAGGUGCAAAGAGACGAGAGAAAAGAGCUCAGCAAGAAGCGGCUCGAGAACAACGAAUUCAAGAAGAGCAGAGCAACAUUGUGAGUGAUAGAAUGAUUGAGGAUGAGAAAUUGGAGAGAAAACUCGAACCCCUGGGAUUCACAAUUAAUGAAAUAAAGCCUGAUGGACAUUGCCUCUACCGAGCUGUUGAAGAUCAGCUGGCCCUUCUGUCUGGAGGUUCUUCUCCUUGUACAUAUCAAGAGCUGCGGGAAAUGGCUGCUGCUUAUAUGAGGAAACAUGCAUCUGAUUUUCUUCCUUUUUUCCUGUCAGAGAAUACCGUAGAUGGAGAUUCUGAUGAUUCAUUAGCAGAGAGAUUCGAGAACUACUGUAGAGAGGUGGAGUCAACUGCUGCAUGGGGAGGACAGUUAGAGCUUGGAGCUUUAACUCACUGCCUGAGAAAACACAUCAUGAUAUUUUCAGGAUCUUUUCCUGAUGUAGAGAUGGGAAAGGAGUACAAAUCUGAUGGAGGGUCCUCUUCAGCUGAUGGGACUAUCAGGUUGUCAUACCAUAGGCAUGCCUUUGGGCUUGGAGAGCACUAUAAUUCUGUCAUCCCAAAUUUGAUCAGAUAGGUAUAAUAUAGUUAUAUGUGAAAGGUUCCCUUCUAUGUGUAUGUUUACAAUAUGAUGUUUUCAUGGAGCAAGCAGAUGUUGGCUCUAAACUAAAUUUUGAAACUUGGUUUUGAUUAAAGUUAUUGAUGCAUUAUUAUCUAUCUUAUUUUCGCAUGACUACCAAAAUGAACUACUAGUAACCGACUCGAAGGACGGGUCCACCAUAUGCCACUGGAGGCUGAAUACGGGACCUACCAGAAGGAAGGGCCCUCUCUUUAGGGAUGGUUGGGAGCUGAGCCCUUACCAAGUUCAAAAGGUACUAACACUAUGAUGAGGAAAAUGAAUCUAAUUAUUCUUUUUUUGGGCAAUUUAGAUAAGCAAAUUGCUUCUUUCAAAAAAAUAAAAAGAUAAGCACAUUGCUUAUCUAAUUAUAAGUAUCAACUAAAUUGGAAAAUAAUGUUCCAACCAUAGGGAAUGACCACAAAAAUGAAAAAACAAACAAAAAGGGAUUCAAACUUGGUGAUUGAUUUGUUUGGUU